GAGUCAUUGUCGAGAAGCGAUUAGGAAAGAGAAUUGAAACCGUUUUCUGAGAUCCUGACGGCUGGCGAUGCCGGGGAAAUCGAGAAUCUCUGUAGAGAUGGAGCCGAGUCUAUCUGACAAGAUAUUCGUUUAUGUGAAAUCCAAAAGAUGUAGCCUCGUCCUGCCCAUACGGCUCAUCAACGAGAGUUCUCCUGGUUUGUCGACGAUCGCGAGUCAGAAGCAAAGGAGGUUUCCAGGACGAAAGUAACUCCCGAUACAUAUUUCGCAGAUCAUCUCUAGAUAAUGGGCAUUUCAUACAAACGAAAACGCGAGUAUGAUGAAGAAGUGGACUUUGGGGUCUCGUCUGCUUCAGAAGAUGAGGCUUCUAAAUUUGAGAGGACGAGGUCCACUUUCAAGAAACAGGGCGAAGCUAAGAAAAAGAAGAAAUUACUCCUCCCGAUCAAGCAGAAAGGAAAAAUAGUUCAAAAGGAAUUGGAUGUUUCGACCGUAGAGCCGACCAAAGAAGAAGAGGGAUAUGAGUCAGAAGAAGAAUCUGAGGAUGAGGAAGGGUUGGCAAUGGCGAAAGUUUUCGACGAGUUCGCCGACUCCGAGGACGACUCCGAAUUCGUAGGGAGACUUCAAGACGAAGACGAAGAAGACGACGAUGAGAGGAGCGAAGCGGAAAAGCUAGCAGAACGGAAAGCGAAAGUGGACCAAUACAUUUUGAAAAUCGGGAACACCUGCGCUGAUAUCGUUGAGAAUCCUGAAGUACAUUACAAACGACUCAAUGAGUUGCUACAGAUGACGAAGAUGGCGGGCGGCGCUGGAUUCGCUAUAAAGAAAAUCGCGAUUUUGUCGCUAUCCGAAGUCUUCGCGGACAUAUUGCCGGACUAUAAGAUCAAAGACGACGCGAAACCUGCAGCCGACGGUCCGAAACUCAAGAAAGAGACCCGGCAGCUCAUGGCUUACGAGAGAACACUUUUGAAACUAUAUAAACGCUUUCUGCUGGUAUGUGAAGAUUUCGUGCAGCUGCAAUAUCGGGCACUAAGGAAACAGCGUCAGAAGCGCAACGGUCGGAAGGACUCCAAGAAAAAGGCGAAAGAAUCCCGAUUCAAGCUUCCUCCGCAUCUCCUACAAUUAUCCAAAGCUGCGAUUCAAGCAAUUUGUCGAGUAUUCGUUGCGAGACCCUACUUCAACUAUAGGGAGCAGGUUUCGACACUGGUGGUGAACAACCUCGUGAAUCGAGACGUCGAGAUCUCCGAUAUUUGCUACAAUUGCUUGAAGCAGAUCUACAAGGAAGACCGAUACGGUGAAACGGUUUUCGAAUGCGUGAAGAGAACGAAACUCCUCGUCAAAUCUUACACGGCAAAAUUGCCGCCCAAAGUUUUGUAUUCGCUCUUGAAUCUCCGCAUCAAUAAAGCCCAAUCGGCGGAGCAGCAGGCUGUGGAUCUGAAGAAGGUUCGGGAGAAGAUAAAGAAAAUGUCUCGUCAAGAACGUCGCAGGCAUAAGGACAUGCAGAAGCUUGAGAAACAGCUCCUGGAAGCUCGGGCCGAAGACAGCGAGGAGCGUACGAGCAAAGUCCACACGGAGAUCCUCAAACAGUUGAUGAACAUCUACUUUUGGAUUCUCAAGAGGGAUGAGAAACCCACCCAGCUGCUCACUCCCUUACUCGAAGGGCUCUCCAAGUACGCGCAUUUGGUGAACAUAGAAUUUUUCGACGAUCUUCUCAAUGUCCUCUACAAUCUCAUCGACCAGGAGGAGCUCAACGAGAGUCAGACCUGCCACUGUCUGCUGACAGUUUUCAAAAUUCUUGGCGGUCAGGGGCAGGUGCUGAAUGUCGAUCCGACGAGAUACUAUACAUUGAUGUAUUCGACGUUGUUAAGUCUCAAUAAUUGUGUGAGCCACGACUUCACCCCAACGAUCCUCCAAUGCCUCGACUUGACGUUGCUCAAGAAAAAAGACGCAAGCCAACAACGGCUCCUAGCUUUCACGAAGAGACUGCUCACCACCGCUCUACAGACGAAUGACGCGAGUACUUUGGCUCUGUUGUCUAUGGCCAGGAGCCUCUUCACCUCGCACAAGCAGCUUGACAUAUUGUUGGAUAACGAGGUGGGCUCCGGUCAUUUCAACCCAGAACUCCAGGACCCUGAGCAUUGCAACGCGGCAAGCGCAACUGCUUGGGAAACCACCUUGCUGACGAAGCAUUACGUCCCGAUGGUGCGACGUUUCGCGGCUCUCAUCGCCGACGGAAGCCGCGGACUCCCAGACAAGUUCGUUUUGAACUUGAGUAAGGCUACGCCAGCUCAAGUCUAUGGAGCGUUUUCGAAAAGAGAUGCUGCGGACGUGGCCGACGAAGCAGACAAAGGCAGACGGUCGAUUUCUUCAAAACCCAUCCUAUGGCAGGGUGAAUCUAUUGCGGUGAAGGCUGAAGGAAUUUUCAGCUUCCUCCAGGAUGAUAUCGAUCUGUGGAACUAG